AUGCAGAAGCAGGUCUUGACAGAUUUGGCAGGCGGUGAGCACUACGUCGGACUGUGGAAAAGUUCUGCUCCGACCAACCAGCUUCCCCAGGGCAGCGUCAGACCCACCCAAGUGCCGUCGCUUGGUGUAGGUCCAACCUUAGGGCUCGCACAAAAAUUCAUCGGUCGCAACAUCAGAACCGCUCAAUCCAUCACAGCACCCCCCGACCCCGACGCUCAGCAUCACCGAACCUGCGCAACCACACAACUCAAAAUGGAUUCUACCAAGCAGCCCGUCAAGCUCGUCAAGGUCACCCGUGUCCUCGGCCGCACCGGUUCCCGUGGUGGUGUCACCCAGGUCCGCGUCGAGUUCAUGGACGACCAGACCCGUUCCAUCAUCCGUAACGUCAAGGGACCCGUCCGUGAGGACGACAUUCUCUGCUUGCUCGAGUCUGAGCGUGAGGCCCGCAGACUGAGAUAA